AUGGGCUCAACAUCAACGGAAGUUCGCAGAGCUCUUGAAAUUGCCCGCGAUAGCGCAGACGGUCACAUUGAACCAAAGGCCAAUGCACUCCUUGAAUCAGCUAUUGCCGACUUAAGACGCAAACUUGAAGCCCAGCCAGACAGCUAUGUUCUCUCAGGCGACGAGUUUGCCCUGUUCAAUUUCUACCGACGGUCCAAAUUCAACGACUCGCCAUCCGCCCAGAAAAUCGCUCAAAAAGCCACAGAACGGUUUUGGAACAAUUAUCGUCAAACCUCGAAAACGUAA